AAUUCAAUUCUGAAUCCUCUAGAAGAAAAAGUGAGGACUAAAACAGAACAGAGAACAGAGAAGCAGAACCAGAAGAGGACGAAGUAGAAGAAGAAGAAGCGCAUUUCUCGUGUUUCGAUCAGGUGCGACGCGCGCACACCGUAAUGCCUUCGGACGGAGCAACUUCGGCGGCGACGAAUCGGCGGAAGCCGUCGUGGAGGGAGAGGGAGAAUAACCGGAGGAGGGAGCGGCGUCGGAGAGCCAUCGCGGCGAAGAUUUACACCGGGCUUAGGGCUCAGGGGAAUUACAACUUGCCUAAGCACUGUGACAACAACGAGGUUCUGAAGGCUCUCUGUGCUGAAGCUGGUUGGACUGUUGAAGAAGAUGGCACCACCUAUCGCAAGGGAUCUAAUGCAGCAGCAGGAGGAGGUGCAGGUGACGGUGCAGGAACCUCCACCAGAAACACCCCAUUCUCUUCACAAAAUCCAAGUCCUCUUUCAUCAUCAUUUCCCAGCCCAAUCCCUUCCUACCAAGUUAGCCCCACCUCUUCGUCAUUUCCAAGCCCUUCUCGUUUGGAUGCCAGCAACCUCUAUCCAUACAUGAGGAAUGUGUUUCCGGCGUCUCUACCUCCUUUGAGAAUAUCAAACAGUGCCCCUGUGACGCCACCCCUGUCUUCCCCGACCUCGAGGAACAAUCCGAAACCAAUUCCUACAUGGGACUCAAUUGCCAAGGCAUCCAUGGCAGCAGCAUCCUUCAAUCAUCCUCUGUUUGCUGCUUCUGCUCCUGCUAGCCCCUCGCACCGACACCUUUAUACCCCGCCUACUAUACCCGAAUGUGAUGAGUCUGACUCCUCCACUGUUGAGUCUGGUCAGUGGUUGAACUUCCAAGCGUUCGCGCCCUUCGCACCUUCUCCUCCAUCUGGGAUGCAAAUGUCUCCAACUUUUAACUUUAUUAAACCUGUGAUGAGGCAGCAGCAAAACAUGCCUGAUAGCAGGGAUCAAGAGAUGAGAAGUUCAGAGGCAGAUUUUGGGGUACAGGUGAAGCCUUGGGUUGGGGAGAGGAUUCAUGAGGUGGGGUUGGAUGAUUUGGAGCUCACUCUUGGAAGCGGGAAGGCGCCUAGUUAGGUAGCCUGCUUCCAGAAUCUCUCCAUGGGAGUUAUGUGUGAGUGAGUUUGAUGCCCGAAGAUUGUCCAUUCAAUUGAAGGGUUCAAACACUCCACAGCGUAACGGAUACCUUCGUUCAGCUCUCUGGGUUGAAGCAGCUAGUAUUUAUAAUUCGAAUGGAGAUAUAUCAGAUGUGAUGAGAAUUUUAUGUUCAAAAUUAUGUCCAAACUCUCAUUUAUCUCUUUUUUCUUUCUUAUAUAUUAAAAUUACUUCAAAUUGGAAGGAUUUUAAACAUCUAAAAAAAUGACUGAGAUUGUUAUUAUUUGAUCAUUAGAAUUA